GUGUUAGCAUGUGAGAAAACGACAGCAGGCAAAGGGAGGGAGUCAGUGAGUGGAGAGAUAUAAAAAAAAUCCUUCCAGAAGAUAGCAGAUAACAGAACACAGUCGUUUGUUUUAUACGGAAGAUUGACCAUGUUGCUGCAGACCCUCUUCAUGCUCUCUGCAACUGUUUUUUUCGGCUAUUUGGAAGGAAAGGGUGUUCAGAUGCAGAGGGAUGUUCAGUGUUGUAUGCAGUACUCGCAGCAGAAUGUGCGGACCAAAGAUGUUCUUAAGUUUGAGGUGCAGACAGAGGGGCCAGACUGCAGCAUAAGAGCCAUCAUAUUGUACACUAAGAAGGUGGUGAAGUGUGCAGACCCCAGGGACAGGAAAGUGAGGAGAUUACUGAAGAAACUGAGGCAGAGAGCCAAAGCCCACAAGUCCAUGCAGGUUCUGCCGCAAAGACGUUUGCCUGUCAUGUCAAAGAUCCAGUAAUUUAUGGGGAGAAUCUGACCACGUUAGCCUUUUCAUCUGUCACUGUCUUCUUGAACGUAUGUAGAUCACUGAUUUUCAAUACAGAACAUGCAGUACGCUGUCCCUCUGAGACAUGUAAUAUUUUAGAUCUCUUGAAAAUGACUGUUAAUCUAUAUAUGCCAAAGCAUUAUUUUUAACUCUGUACUUCAAGCUUGUUCAUUCUCUAUAUACAUUAUAUGUGUAUCUUAUAAGCUAUACAAGCUGUUAUAUAGAGUUAAAGUGACUUGACUGUUCCUGGCUCAAAAAUAGUGCGAAUACAUAUUCUAUUAUGUAUGGUAAUGCAAUCAAUUUUUAUAUAUACAGAAAUAUUGGAAAAUGCUGUGUACAUUUUGUUUUUAUUUUGAAAAUAGAAAGAUGGAGUUCUUUGUCUUUUCAAAAGGACAAAUUAAGAGCACACACGUUUGUAACACAUUUUUUAAAACAAGAGUUGCCACUAUAAUAGUUUUACUUUGGAAGGAUUAAAAAAGACCUCUAAGGAAUACUUUUACUAAAAGUGUAGCAUUAGUCAGGAUUUGCUGAAACAGUGGCCAUGGAUGGGUCUGAUUUGUUAUGAACAUAAAAUACAUAAAGGUGCAGAACUGUGAUGUUUCUGGGAGCAUUAACAAAACUAGAUUGACACCGACACAACCUCAUGACUAAGACUUAAAUACGUUAUGCAAAAUAAGAACUAAUCUGGCAUAUGGUCAGAAUUCUGGUUUCAACAACUGGUUAAAAUCCUGCUGACAACUAUUCAAGUUGUCAAAUGAGAACCAGUUUUUCACAAUUUACACCUGAUAUUGUCUAGUGGAUGACUUUGGGUACUCCUUGUAAUUAUCUGUACUAAUGUGGACCCAGUGCAUUAAAAAACAGAGGUACAAACUCACACAAUUACACUAAUUAUCAUGACUAUCAUCUCAGUCAUUAAUGCUGCACUGCUACAUGUUGCCACAUAUAUGCUGUAUUUUUGACAAAAAAACCCAUAAAUGUUCAGUUGUUCAUUCAGUUCAUUUGUUUUAUUUUUAACUUUUGUUAAAACAGAAUAUCUAUUAACCAUCAGCAUGCCAGUUACAUAUACAAGGCAGCAAAAAAACCUUCCUGAAAUUUUGAAAUGAUAAGCUGUUUGAAAAAGAAAAGCACAAUAUUGUGUGCUUUUAAAAAUGAGUCAUUUUUAUAUUUUCCCUAUAUUUUAAAUCAAGAUAUUCCCCUUUAGACAGUACUGUCAACAAACCAGACACAGACUGAAUCGUGAAUCAGUUUCUCAAAAGGUUCUGAACAAGAGAUGUCAAAAGUUUGUCUUUAAAUAUUAGAUAAUGUAUUUUCAAACAUUUUAUUAAAAGUAUUUAGAUAUACUUUUAUCUUGUAGUAAGAUAGUCAAAGCAAACCAACCAAACCAGAAAUGUGACAAAUUUACAGUUUGAAUGCUUAAGGAAGUCAAAUCUAGGGGAACACUGUGCAUUUUGUGAUGCAUCUAGGCAUGAUGCAAAGACAACAGAAUCAAGGGUGUUUGUAAUCAAAAUGAAGAUCAAGGGAACGUUACAUAAACUGAUACACUCGAUGCACAGCUAAAAUGAAACUUGAAUGAAGUUGUUGCAAUUUCAAUAGUGCAAUUGUGACAUGCUCAAGAUUGGAAAGUAAAUUUUGUAAAACAGUAAUACACCAUUGUAUAAUACAGAGCACAGCACUUAAAGGCAAUACACACGGCUUUCUGUCUGUUGUUUUUUAUGCUUUAUAGCAAUGUAUCUGUCUAAAAAACAGUCAUUCUUAUUUUAGAAAGACAACAAUAAAAAGAAAAGUGUAAAGAAAAAGUCUGAGAAGCCUUUUCUUUGCUGUUCGCCAUGACUCACGGGUUUGACUAAAUUCUACGGGUUUUCCCAUUCCCAACUACAUAUUUCUUUACACUUAAAGAUAACAGCAAAACUCAGUAUUGUCAGGUGUAAAAGUAAUCCCAUGGUAAUAUUAAUACACAAUCAUUCUAACACAUUAGCAUUGACAUUUAAAUUUAGGGCAUUUGGCGGACACAAGGGGGAUUAUAUAGCAGGUGCUGAAUAUAAUGUAAGCCUAAUAUAAAUGUAUUGUGUUCUGUAAAACAAAAUAUUGAAAUGCUGAUAUGCUUAAUUUUUCUGUAAGGAGGUCAAGGUCAAAUGCUGUAUGAGAGGCAUGCUGAAAUGCUGUUGCUGUAUAAGAGGAAAAAAACACGACCAGGUGUGAUGGUCUAGUCAAAUGAUAAACAGUUAUCCACAUUGCUUGAGG